AAUUGACAUUCGAGGUCAUUUCCUCUUCGGACAAAUGAGACAAAGCUGCAAAUUUCAUGUCUAAACCGAGCAAAGGAACAAUGGAAAGGAAAAUGAAGAAGACGUUUAUUUGCAACGAGUCAAUGAUCAUCACCAUCCCAAUCGGAAGCCUGAAGAACAUUCGGGAGGGUCAGCUGAUGCCGGAGAACUUCCACUGUGUGUUCAGGGACAACUUCAAGGUGUUUGUCGUUCGAGGGAAGCCAAAACCUCUGGGGGCAGCUCAAGCAAUUGCUGGUGUGUUUAUUUUCGCUCUUGGGUGGAUUUUGCCAUCAAUGGAGAUCUACAAUUUCACUCUUCCAAGUGUUUUGUUCUUGAUCUCUGGCAUGGUGUCCUUUGCUGCAGGGAAAUGUCCAAACAUGCAUGUGACUAAGCUGUCAUUCUCCCUGAACAUCUUCAGCUUCUUCUGGUCACUGGUGGCUUUUGGUUUCUGCGUGGGCAACUUUUAUUCACAUCAUCCAUUUGACCCGCAUCAUCGGAGGAUAGCUUAUGGAAUUAUUGGCCUGGUCAUAACUCUGCUGGUGUUUGAAUGCAUGAUCGCGCUCUUCUUGAUCUACUGGCUGAGUAAAGCUGUGUGCAGAGAACAUUUCAACACCUUGCCCAUCAUACUGCUGAAGCAGGAGGACUGAAUGAUGAACACAGAGCAGAACCACAAAUAAUCAACUCCUGUGUGCAUUUUUAUUUUGCUGCCUUAAACUUUCUUCGUUUUUUUUUUUUUUUUUUUUUUUUGCUCAAAGGCAAAUAACAGGAAAGUCUAUUUAAAAGAAGAUAAUGUGUAUUCCUAUACAUCACUGCUAAUAAUCGCAGUACGCUUUAGAAAGCAUGCUUCUGUAAAGUUUCUUUUGUAUUUCAAUUCAUGGGGUAAAAUACUGGAGCGAGUUAAAUGAGGAGUUAAAGUCAAAAUUUAAUACAAUGUAAAAGGAAAAAUAUAAGGAGGUUAUUUUCACAAGAUAUAGAAAUAUGGGUGACAGCAGAAUGUGUAUAUGUAAAUUGAGGCUAACGCAUUUGAGUGUGUGUGUGUAUGGAUGUAUAUAUUUGAACAUAUGUAUAUCCAGAAAAAAUGGAAAAUGAAUUAACCUACGUUUACUUUUUUAAAAUUUAUUUUAUUUGAUUUUAUAAUGAGGAUGAUUUUAUAAUGUGUUAUGAGUUUGUGGGGUAGGAGUUCAAGUUUCUUACUUCUUCCUACAACUUUUUGAGCAUGUUAAGAUUAUCGUGGUGCAAAAAUGUAUAUAUCUUUUGUAUUCCUUGUUCUUGUGUGUGAUUUUAUACUUCUAUCAGGUUCAAAAUAAAUAAUUUUCACUUAUUUGUGGUAAAAUAAAUAAAUGAAUACCGAACUCCG